CGCUUGAAGACAUAUAUUGCGGGGCAGGAGAGCAGGCCAAGGGUCAUGAAUUGCGCCUUCACUGGUUUGCGCGCCUGCACCAUCUACCUAGGUAGCUUCCAAUUGGUUUUGGCAGUAUCGAGGGACCAUUUGACUUCCCCUCGUCUGUCAACGAAGAAGUUGCCCGUCCGAAAAGAGCUAUAAGAACGGGCGGGGCGGGGACUCGUCCAGGUCUUCCUUUCGCAGGGAUUAUUUCUUUGUCCUCAAACUCUUUCUCUCAGUUUCAACGAGGGGAAAACAACCUUCACCAUCACCUCACCUGUCUGCAGAAUUUCCUGAAACAACAGACGUGACACGCGAAGAAGCUAGCAGAGUGGUUACCAUUAUUUCUCAUCGACACCAUGGCUCCAUCGGCAAUCGAAACCGUAACGUCGUCGGGGUCUUCGCUCGUAUCUUCCGAUAGGCCGCGCAUCCUAGUGCCCGAAAAAGUUUCCCCUGAUGGCCUCGCCCUCUUCAAAGACAAGUACGAUGUAGACAUCCGGCUUGGUUUGACGGCGGACGAAUUGAUCGCCGAGAUACCCCGAUACCAUGCCUUGAUCGUCCGAUCCGAGACCAAGGUCACUGCCAGCGUGUUGGCGGCCGGCAAGAAGCUGAGGGUCGUCGCACGAGCCGGGGUCGGCGUAGACAACAUCGACGUCGACGCCGCCACAGCCCAGGGCAUCAUCGUCGUCAACUCGCCCGCAGGGAACAUAGUGGCGGCGGCGGAGCAUACCAUUGCCCUGCUGCUUGCCACGGCCCGCAACGUGGGGCGGGCUGACGCAGGCAUGAAGGGCGACAAAUGGGAGCGCGGGAAACUCGUCGGCGUCGAGGUUGGACAGAAGACUCUAGGCAUCAUUGGCCUUGGUAAGGUGGGGAUGAAGGUCGCCCGAAUGGCCAUCGGACUCGGGAUGAAAGUCAAGGCGGUCGAUCCCUAUGCUAGCAAGGACAUUGCCGAACAAGCGCAGGUCGAACUCGUCUCCGAUCUAAGCGCGCUGUUGCCCGAGGUCGACUUUCUGACCACCCACACGCCGCUGAUGGCGACCACCCUAGGGCUCAUCAAGGAGGCCGAGCUGCAAAAGAUGAAGAGGACGGCCCGAGUCCUCAACGUAGCACGAGGAGGCGUGUAUGACGAAGCGGCACUGAUCAAGGGCCUCGACGAAGGAUGGAUCGCGGGCGCCGGUAUCGACGUCUUCACAUCUGAACCGCCGGCCGCCGACUCGACAGCCUCACGGCUGGCAAGACAUCCGAAGGUAGUCGCGACGCCGCAUCUGGGCGCAUCCACGGUCGAAGCCCAGGAGAACGUCUCGAUGGACGUGUGUAGGCAGGUAGCCGAGAUCCUGCGAGGGGGGCUUCCGUCGGCGGCCGUCAACGCGCCCCUGAUUCUGCCGGAGGAGUACCGCAAGCUCCAGCCUUUCGUCCAGCUGGUGGAAAAGAUGGGCGGGAUCUAUACGCAACAUUUCGUGCGCAGCCAGGGCGGCAUGGUGGGGGGCCGGAAAUUCGAGCUGGUCUACCAGGGCGAGCUGUCGGGUCUGUCCAACACCCGGCCCUUGCUGGCGGCCCUGGUGAAGGGCCUCGUGUCGUCGAUCAGCGACUCGGGAGGCCGAGAUGUGAACAUCGUCAACGCAGGACUGAUCGCCAAGGAGAAAGGAAUCCUGAUCAGCGAGACACACAGCGGCGAGACCAAUAAUGUGAUAUACUCGAGCCUGGUGACGCUGCGGUCGUAUGACGGGGAUAGCCCGGGAUCGGAGCGUUGUAUCGCAGGCUACGUCUCGGGACGGAGCGUGUAUAUCUCCAAGUUGGGCCAAUUCAGUGCCACAUUCAGACCUGAAGGCACGCUGCUAGUGCUGCACAACUAUGACGAGCCCGGAAAAAUUGGCGGCGUGGGCAUGGUGCUAGGCCGCCAUGGGAUCAACAUCCGGUUCAUGCAGGUCGCAAGCCUCGAUGCCGAGGCGAGGGAGGAGAGGGCGAAGAGGGCUCUGAGUCAACUGGCCACGGGUGCCGGAGCAGAGAGCGACAACCCCGAAGCUUCGGAGGGCUCGUCGAAUGGGAAGGAGGACAGGGAGGCGUUAAUGAUCCUCGGCGUCGACGAUACGAUGAGCGAAGAGGUGAUCGAGGACCUGAAAAAGGCCGAGGGUAUUCUCGAUGUCAGCUUGGUCAGAUUAUGAUCAGGGAGAGUGUUUGGGCCUGACUAUAAUCCGUAUUCUGUCUAGUAUAUAGAAGCUAGGGUGUAAAACGACGCUCUUGUUCGGUAAUAAGGUUGUUGAUUAAUAGAAGAGAGCUCCCUAGAUACCAGCUAUAGUGGAGAUACUAUAAGCCCUAGUGGCUACCCCUAUACGGGUUACGUAACCCGCCUAUUAACCCUGCC